AGAGAAAUCAAUGUGCUUCCGGUUUUAUAUAUGGACGAGGGAAAUACGUUUAAAAACAGAAAGUCUGUGGUGUGAUUGUAGAGGGUUUAUUGAUUUUUAUCACGUCUAUUUCGUUGUUUUACUGUACACUUUCAUAACCAGAUUCUUAAGAAAUUGUACAAGUGUCCAAUUGUGUUGAGUUGGGUAGGAAUAGCUCUGUACCACAAUGUAAAUCUUCGAAAUUCGUCUGCUUGCAACAGUGUGUAUUAUACAGUACGGGUUUUACACCGCUCUGAUCAACAUCUGCUCGAUGAAUAUUCUCAGAAUGGAAUAACACGAAUUAACGAACAUGUCAGAAAUUGUUGAACCCGAUGACGACCCGUCGUUACACAGAUUAGAGGGGUCAACUGGGAGAGAGAAAGGAGGACUAAUUAUCAAAAAGAAAAAAUCGAAUCAUGAAUUUACAAAACCAGAAAUAUCAAGCCCAAGGGUAUCUCUGUUAGGUUUGGAUAGAUUAGCAGCUGCUAAACGUCUGGGAGAUGCGUCGGAAGAGGAUCAGAGGAAAAAAUCUAGAAUAAUGUCUUAUCAAGACGACGAUGACAGUGAUAGUGAUGAUGAACCUGAUGAAAAUAAUGACAGGUCUAAAAAGCACAAAGGUCAUAAAGACAGAAAUUACCGUCAGUCUAAAAUUGAGACGCCAUCACACCCAGGAGGUGUGAGCAGGGAGGCUAAAGACAGACAAAAGCAACGACACAGAGACCGAGGAGUGUAUGCCUCUAGUUCAUCCAAAGACAAAGACAGAAGGGAGCGGAGGGAAGACAGACAUAGCAGAGACCGAGAUCGCCAUAGAUAUAGGGACAAAGAUCGCAGACCAAGAAGGGAUGACAGAAGUGAGCGUAGUGAUCGGAGUCAUCGAAGUGACCGUGACUCAGAGAGGAGUCGUUGUAGCUACAGAGAAUGGGAAGAGACUCCAGAGAGGUUCAGAGAUGCACCUCCAACUCCUGACUUUGGCGGCAAAGACACUCCUUCUGUGUAUGGUUGGGAUGAUGAUGACGUGACGCCCCUCAAGCGAUCCUCUUGGGAUCUCCUGACACCUAGGUCAAACACUAGCAGUGACAACGAGAACAGUGUCCGGAGCAAUCGCUCAUCCUUCGAUAAGAGAAGCAAGCGAGGUCCUAAAGAGACUCCACUACCAACCCCGACUUUCAAGUACAACGACUGGAUGGACAACAAGAAGAGGAUACAGUAUACACCAAAGGAUGGUGGCAGCAGGAGAGACACAGAUGGCCGUCGUGAUAUUGAAUUUGAGUCGGAGGAGGAUAGGCUGGAUUGGGAGCGUGAACAGAAGAGGCUUGACCGUGAGUGGUACAACAUGGAUGAAGGAUACGAUGAUGACAACAACCCCUUUUCCGGCACUUCAGAGGAGUACACACGCAAGAAGGAAGAGGAGAUGGAAAAAAAGAAGAAAAAAAGGAUGACUGCUAGACAAAGACAGAUCAAUAAGGACAUUGAGUUGUGGGAAACAAACAGAAUGCUUAGAAGUGGAGUUAUCACAAAGACUGAUUAUGACGAGGAUUUUGAUGAUGAAAACGAAGCGAAAGUGCAUCUUCUAGUCCAUAACAUUGUGCCACCAUUUCUUGAUGGACGUAUUGUUUUCACCAAACAACCAGAGCCAGUCGUUCCUGUUAAGGACCCGACAUCAGAUUUAGCUCAAGUGGCCAGAAAGGGAAGCUUGGUUGUCAGAAAGUUCAGGGAACAGAAGGAAAAACGGAAAGCUCAGCAGAAACACUGGGAAGUAGCGGGCACAAGGAUUGGAGAUAUCAUGGGGGUAAAGAAGAAAGAAGAGGAGGGAGACAAGCUGGAUGCGAAAGGGGAACUAGAUUAUAAAACUGACCACAAGUUUGCAGAUCUAUUACAAGAUAAAACUGAAGCAGUCAGCGACUUUGCCAAGGCAAAAACACUGUCAGAACAGAGGAAAUUUCUGCCCAUAUACGCAGUUCGAAAUGAGCUGUUGAACGUGAUUCGUGAUAACAGUAUCAUCAUCAUUGUUGGAGAAACCGGGUCUGGAAAGACCACUCAACUUACUCAGUAUCUUCAUGAGGAUGGCUACACCAACUACGGAAUGGUUGGCUGCACACAGCCUCGUCGAGUAGCCGCCAUGUCUGUUGCCAAGCGUGUCUCUGAGGAGAUAAAAUGCAAGCUGGGUGAGGAGGUCGGAUAUGCCAUACGAUUUGAGGAUUGUACCACUGAGAAAACCAUAAUUAAGUACAUGACAGAUGGUAUCUUACUGAGGGAGUCACUACGGGAGUCAGAUUUGGACCAUUACAGCGCCAUUAUCAUGGACGAAGCUCACGAGAGAUCGCUCAACACAGAUGUCCUUUUCGGCUUGUUACGAGAAGUCAUUUCAAGGCGUCAUGAUUUGAAGUUGAUUGUUACCUCUGCCACAAUGAAUGCAACCAAGUUUGCAAGCUUCUUCGGCAAUGUGCCCGUUUUUGAGAUCCCUGGCAGAUGCUUUCCUGUGGAACUCUUCUUCAGCAAAAACACGGUCGAGGAUUACGUGGAUUCGGCCGUAAAACAGGCGAUGCAGGUCCACCUGCAGGGCAUGGACGGUGAUUUACUGAUCUUCAUGCCUGGACAAGAAGACAUUGAAGUGACGUGUGAACUUAUAUCAGAACGUCUCGGCGAGCUAGAUGAUGCUCCCCCAUUAGCCAUCCUGCCCAUCUACUCCCAACUUCCGAGUGACCUUCAGGCCAAGAUAUUCCAGAAGGCUCCAGAUGGUGUGAGAAAGUGUGUGGUUGCUACGAACAUUGCGGAGACUUCACUCACAGUUGAUGGUAUUAUGUUUGUGGUGGAUGCUGGAUACUGCAAACUUAAAGUAUUCAACCCUAAGAUUGGUAUGGACGCCCUGUCAAUCUACCCCAUCAGUCAGGCCAAUGCUAACCAGAGAUCAGGCAGAGCUGGAAGAACAGGCCCAGGCCAUUGCUAUCGUCUGUACACCCAGCGACAGUACAAGAAUGAGAUGCUGACUGCCACAGUACCCGAGAUACAGAGGACGAACCUGGCUAAUGUGGUCCUCCUCCUAAAGUCCCUGGGAGUGCAGGACCUGCUCCAGUUCCACUUCAUGGAUCCUCCUCCUCAGGACAAUAUCCUGAACUCCAUGUACCAGUUAUGGAUUCUUGGUGCUCUAGACAAUACUGGAUCCCUGACACCCCUCGGCCGACAGAUGGUGGAGUUUCCACUGGACCCCGCCUUGUCUAAGAUGUUGAUUAUCUCCCUUGAAAUGUGCUGCAGUGCAGAAAUUCUGAUCAUUGUGUCCAUGCUGUCGGUACCAGCCAUUUUCUACCGCCCUAAAGGUCGGGAAGAGGACUCUGACGCAGCCAGGGAGAAGUUCCAGGUCCCGGAGAGUGACCACCUCACCUUCCUCAAUGUCUAUGAGCAGUGGAAACGAAAUGCAUAUUCAGCCAGCUGGUGCAAUGAACACUUCAUCCAUAUCAAAGCCAUGAGAAAGGUGCGGGAGGUACGUCAACAACUGAAGGAGAUAAUGGACCAACAGAAGAUGGAGCUCAUCUCUACCGGCAAUGAAUGGGACAUCGUAAGGAAGUGCAUCUGUUCUUCUUACUUCCAUCAGGCCGCCAGGCUGAAGGGCAUAGGCGAGUAUGUGAACGUGCGGACAGGAAUGCCAUGCCAUCUGCAUCCGACCAGUGCCUUGUUUGGUAUGGGCUACACCCCUGACUACAUUGUGUACCACGAACUCAUCAUGACAUCCAAGGAAUACAUGCAGUGUGUAACCUCUGUGGACGGUCACUGGCUAGCCGAGCUGGGACCUAUGUUUUACAGCAUCAAGGAUGCUUCCAAGACUAGACAGGAAAGAAAGAAAGUGGCAGUGGAGGAAAUGAAUGCAAUGGAGGAAGAAAUGAAACGUGCAGAGGAAUUAAUUCGUGCUCGGAAAGAACACCAGGAUGCUAAAAGCCUUACUGGCAAAGGCACAAACAUAGCUACACCUGGUCUGAAAGACCCUGCUACACCUGCACACACACCUCGAAGGACUCCUGCAAAGUUUGGCAUUUGAGAUCACCUUAUCCAACCCAGUCUCUCAUUAAAAAGCAUCAGUCAUCUGUAUGCCUAUCGAUGUACAUCAAGAUUUGACUGAGAUGUGUAUACAUAUGUUUACAUAUGUGCAACUGCCCACUGACCACAAACGCCUAAGCAUUGUGCAAAUUUCAGGAGUAUCUCUGCAUACUUGUACAAAAUGGAGGACUGACUACAAGGUCAAACAAAGGGCAUCCUUUUUGAUACGGGUGUCUGACAAUCCUUCCGGACAUCCAAUUUUCAUUUUGAUUCACCAGAGAACUGUGUGGUUAUAGGAUGGCAAGGCUAUCUCUCAAUUUAGCAAUCAGAUCAGUCCUGAUGGGCUUGGACCAAGAUUUUCUCGGCUUUCCACAGCUUCAGAGAUAUUCUUUGUGAUCACAGGCUGGUCGGUCUGUACCAGGUUUACAAACAGCUCUGCUUUCACCAUGGAACAGAAUCCCAUGUCUAUGAAAAGAUUCUGCAACAGACCUGAAUCCUGUGAAAGUCCUGUGCAGCAGACCUAAUUUGUGCUUUUGAGUUUCAUAUAUAUGUUCACGUACAUAAAAGAAGAUCUGUAUAUCUCAUCAUUUCCAAAUAAUGUAGAUUUUUUAAAGAUUGCACCUGUAGCCAUUAUAGACAUGAAGGGUUGUUUUGAAUAUGCCAAGAUCUAUGCAGAAUAUUUCUUAGCUGCUGGAAGUGUAACUUUGAGUCGUCCACCUGUGCUAUUUUGAAAAAUCAUGGAUGAUGUUCAAUUUCUCAUUGAAUCAUGGAAUUGGCAAAAAAAGGAUAAAUAAUUCAAUUUUGUCAUGGUUAACGAUAAUGCUACUAAGUACUAUGAUCAUUCUUCAUUAAAAUUUGUAUUUAAGUCAAGUUGUUUGAUCUGGCGCACAUUUCCGUAAUCAACACUGAUUUACACCUGACUAGUCUCGUUCCUGCUGAGGAAAAUAUUGAUGGAUCGAGCUGUCACACUGCUCUUUCCUCAUGAUUUGAUACAUAUCAUUAUAUUAGUGUCAUUGUUCAAAUACUUAGAUUCAAAUAAAAACAAUAAUGAGAAUUGUUAGCUUCAAACAUUUUUAUUUUUACAUAACUCAAGAUUUAAAGCUUGUGACAUCUUUUGUUGUUUCAACCAAGUUCAUCCUUGAUACUCAAGGGGGUUACGCUCACUUUCGUUCUCUGCACCCCGGGAAUAUGUUAUAGCAAGAUAGAAGGGACGCGGUUAGCUAUUUGAUUGGUCUCCGGUAAAAAAAGUAACCUAGGUCGAUACCUGUCCUUUGGAGAUUACAAAGAAGCAACACCCGACUUAAAAGGCAGUCAAUUUUACUGUUGCGCUAAGUGGGAUUCGUUUGACAUAUUCCAGGGGUGUAGAGAUCGUGUAUAAGUGUGCGUAACCCCUGGAGUAUCAAGGAUGUACACAUUAUGUUAAAUGAAUAUUCAGUCAAUAUAUCUCCACUUGCCUUGCUGUGUCCAGUCUUUGAUUGUCUUUCCUUUAUAUUUGCCAUGUUUAUUGACUUUAACCUCGAUACACGGAACUGAAAAUGUGUUCAUACCUAAUAUUUGAGUUUUUCCUAGAGCAUCAAUAAUGGACCAUCUACCAUUUUUGGUAGCCAGGGACAUUUAUUUACCCCCAUGGGCAGAUAUUUUUAUGAAGAUUGUUAUCCUAUCACUGAUUAUUAAGUUGAAACUUACGCUGAAAUGGCAAACACUAGUACUAACGGUCGAAUCAUGACGCAUCCAAAAUUAAGAAAAAGUAUCGUGAAACGAAAUUGAUUGCAACUAAUUGCUGUAAUAGUGCAUCGCGGUGAAUUGUGACACAUCUAAUAAUUGAGUCCCGGUAAUCCAGUCACCUUCAUUCUCAGCAAAAAACACCUUGACUGUGCAUUACCGAGACAAUUUUGGAGGGGGAAAAAGGGUCUAUGUUUUCCAAAAUCAGUGGCAGUUUAUAGUGAGACAACUGAAUGAUAAGUGGCUGGAUUGUGGAGCUUUGGCUGUGCUUUCAUAAACAGUGUUUUUCUUCACCAAUGAGUCAAAUACAUGUACUCAUGUUUUUAAAUUUUACUUUCUGAAUUUUUGAAAUUCGUGAAUUUUACAUUGAAUGACUCACUGUAUGGAAAAAGUGGACAAAACACUAAGUGAUAAUUAUAACUAGGGUUAUGAACGGUUUCACAGUCGAAAGACCCUGAACCAGUUACCAAAAUCAAUAACUGAAUAGUCAGGGACAUUCAAUUACCCCCAUGGGUAGCUCAUUUGGGUGUUGACAGGCUUUAAAUACAUGAGAUGAGUAAACUAUCAUGAAAAAUUAAUAUAUAUGAAUGUUAGUUCAUUUUGAAUGGAAAAUGUGCUAAACAUAUAAUGUAUCCAUUGCUGUAAUUGUUUG